UUUAGUCGCACGGAAACUUCAGUCGGCGGCGGAGCUCGCGCGUUCAGUUUGACCAGACCCAUUAAUUUUCGUUCGCGAUGAUCUUGUACGGUGCGAUCGUCAUGGUACACAUGACAGUUUACCGCGAUUGGACAAUGCAGUGGCGGGCAUGCGACAUAUCCGUGUAAAACCGCGAGUGAUUAUGCGGUCGUCUUUGUGAUCGGAUCUGUUGCUCUCCGCACGGUGGAGAUCCGGACCUUGUGCUCCCGCGCUUAUUUCGAACGUGAGCGCGCGUGUCACGUGCUUGUCUGUAUAUAUCGCGGUUAAUUUCGUUAUUUCAAUCACCGGUGCGUGCAUGCAUUGCGUACGUGCGUACGUGCGUGCCUGCGCGUGCGUGCGUUCGCGCAAAUUCUCCGCAAACUGCACCUCUUGUAUACGCGUGAACUUGCGAGAGAAAUAACGUUUGAUUCUUUUUCUGAGAUUCUCUCUGGAUGAGAAAUUGAAAUUGAACGUUGGAUAAAAACAGAAAAAGGACGGAGAAAAGUUCGUGUUCUCAAGAGAAUCUCUCUGAUCUCUAGAUAAGAGAAGAAGAAGAACAAAAGGACAAAUCCUUCUGUGCAAAGACAACGAAAUUUGGAUUUAUUGAAACAAAGUUUAUCGUUCAAUAGAAUUAUUUACCUAACCGAGUUGGUAGCUUCAGAGAAGUCGACGUAUUAUGUGCAAUUUGUAUUGUGUAAACAAGAGAGUGGAAUUAAGUUAUUGCGUCAAUCUGUCUUUCGAUCGUUGUAUCUCGAUUAAGUUAAAACCAAGCGGUCGCGGCUGCACCGGACACGAAGAAGCCAAUUAAAUUAAUCUCGUUUAAUGCACAAACGAGUUAAUUAAAGUACUUCUUGAGUCGAGAUCGGAUUUGACGGCUCGUUAAAUGAAGCCGCGACGGGACCGUAAUUAAGAGAAGGAAGAAGUUCCGGUUUAAUGAAAGGCAGAGUUAGAUCUUCAUUAAUUUAAGAGAGUUUUGAAUUGAAGUCCCGCAUAAUGCGUGAUCGAUAUCUCGAUGAUAUGUCGAUUCAUCGAUCGACCUGUAGGAAUACACAGUACAAAUUAUGAAAAUAGAGCGAUAAAAACGAUUUUGUAAAAGUCUUUUAUGCGGAAAAUAUGUAUUGGAUUUUGUUAUUGAUGUUGGUGCGUACGAUAUGGUGCGCUCACGGUGCUUGCGAACCAAUCAGGAUCGAAAUGUGCCGCGGUCUCGGCUACAACGUCACCGCUAUGCCAAAUCUAGUUGGCCACGAGAUCCAAGGCGAUGCUGAUUUUACUUUGCAGACGUUCAGUCCACUCAUUCAAUACGGAUGCAGUGCACAAUUACAUCUAUUCCUGUGCUCGGUAUAUGCACCAAUGUGUACCGACAAGGUUACUUCACCCAUCGGACCUUGCAGAGGCCUAUGCGAGCAAGUGAGAGUCCGAUGCUUUCCAGUUCUUCAAGGAUUUGGUUUUCCCUGGCCAGCUGCAUUAAACUGUUCCAAGUUUCCACCAGAAAACAAUCAUCAUCAUAUGUGCAUGGAAGGACCUGGUGAACCUGGACCAGUUAGUCCUAUUCAGGCAAUAGGCGCAAGCAAUGGACCUUGGGGUUGUUCAUGGUAUGCCAAGUCUGGGUUGUACAUUUUCCUAAAUCGUUCUGGAAGAUGCGCUGCCGCUUGCGACGCUGAUAUCCUAUGGUCCAAAAAGGACAAGAAACACACAGAGGCCUGGAUGACUGUAUUCACCACAGCAUGCCUCGCCUCCGUCGCGGUUGCUAUCCUGACUGUUUUGAAGCCGCGCAAACAACCGGUAUUAACCACUACCGCAGAACGUGCAAUAAUCUUCUUGACAAUUUGCCAUGCGGCGGUCGCCAUCGGUUAUGUGAUUCGAUUAGCGGCUGGCCGUUUGAAUGUCGCCUGCACAUCCGCAAUUUCGCUACAUUCACAAGAUCAAGUAGCCUUGGCCCAACAACAGCAACAACAAUAUCUUACGCAAGAUGGUCUGGCUAAUCCUUACUGUGCUGUCGUGUUUCUGUUGCUCUAUUACUUCGGAAAUGCUGCGAUUGUCUGGUGGGUCGUGAUAUGCGCGUGGUGGUGCAUAAUGGCCAGAAAAUGGACGAGGACGGCCAGCAACUGCAAGGAGGAUGGUUUCGGACCGCAACAGGGAUUCUCAACCAUAGCUGCGGUUGCGGCUUGGGGUCUGCCAGCCGCUCAUACUAUCGCCGUAUUGGUCACGAGGGACGUCGACGCUGACGAGUUGACCGCUAGUUGCUUCGUCGGCCAGCAGAAUACACAUUCCCUGCUCGUGUUGGUGUUGGCGCCUCAAUUCGUCUACUUGUCGUUUGGCACGACAUUUCUGUUGGUCGGUCUGGCGUCGUUGCUGUUACCGCGACGUCCGGCAGUGACGCCUACCACGACAUCGACGUCGUCGUCAUCCUCCUCUUCGUCGGCAGCGGCGGCUCUGACCGCAUUAGCAGCGUCUCACGCGAAUCCGCUGAUGCGUACGCAUCAGCGCGAGAUGUCCGGUAAAUCGUCCCCAGCAGAGAUUCACCGACGUCAAAAGCAACUAUUGACGCGUGUCGGUAUAUUCGGCUGGCUCUACGCCGCCCUGAUGAUCUGUCUGGCCAGUACGAGUUUUUACGAAUGGUGGGGAAGGGAGACGUGGCUGCGAGCGCCAGAACCAUCAACGGCGCCGCGUAUACCCUCCCGGCCUCUGCUGCAGGUUUUCGUACUGCGAUUAGUGGUAACCCUCGGCGCUGGCGUCAUGACCGCCGCGUGGAUUUGGUGGCCCGAGGCGACGAGCUUGUGUCGCAGGAUAUCGCACUGCAAGCAACCGCCGCGCAAGUGCCAUCCAGUGCCGGUCGUGCAUUGUUACAACGCCGGAACCGCCGCCACUCCCGUGUCGCAUCAGAUUCAUCAUCUGACUCAUCUGACGCCGCCGCAGCAGCAUCCUCUGCUGCAUCAGCACGCGAUCACGAAUCCGCAAAUACCGCAUAGAAAUUACAAGAAGCAUCGAAAACAUAGGAAGCAUCAUUCCGGCAGCGAGACGCAAGUUUAAGCGAACGAUACGCGCGCGAACGUACACGUCAACAUUAUAUAUAUACACACAGCUCCUCGCUGUUCGACGAGUGCCUUACACGUUAUCAUAUUAUUAUGUUCUACGAUGUGGCACGGCAAACGAUAUGAACAUCGUAUCGUACGUAUCCUUUGCCUCAUACCGACCUCUCAAGCGCAUGAAAGUUACUCAAUGUAAUUUAAGUUAUUUAACAUCUUUAUCACAUUGUUGAGUAAUUUUUAAUCGGAUAAAUUUCUUUUCGUUCGAUGGUAGCUAAUAUAAUAUCUAAAUUUGAUGGAACUGCCUUUUUAUGUAAGACAAAAUCAAGUAUUGAGAAUUCAACACACACACACACACACACACAUCCCCUCAUUGCUGUGUAUCGUGUUAGUUGACAGCGAGUGAAAUUAAUAUUUCCCUUGUAUUUUUAUAAAGUCUAAAAAAUUCACAUAUUUUACAAUGUCAUAAUGAUACGAAUCGACGCCGUUGAAUUUACCCACAGAAACGUUCAUGUAAACGAGAGAACGGCGAAUGCUAAAUUUAAACGUCGAAGAAUAAUGGAACAACACGAUCGGAAGGAAAGAGCGCACUCAUUUCGGUCUCAACCUUAUUUGUGCAGCAACGUUGUUAUAUAAAUGCAUGUGCCUACAUAGUUGUAGAAUAGUUAUCGCAUUGCAGUUCUGUGAUGUGUAACAUCCGGCAAUGCGAUUUUUGUUCAACUUUAUCCACUGCCAGGAAAUAAUUUCUAAUUCGUAUACCGUGCCAAUUCUAUUCUCUACUGUAUCAACGUAUUCUCUUUUUUCGCCUUAUUUUCGCAAAGAAAUUUUGCGUGAAGUAUUUUAAGUAGCCAAUCAUAUGUGAAUCAAUAUUGCCUUUCUUAACGACUUAUCUCGUUGCUUUAUUUUAUUUUAUUUUUAUUAUGGAUUAGCCAAAUAAAAUCUGUUUGUUACAUAUAGUGACAAUUAAUCUAAUUUUAUUUCGAUGUGUAUACGAGAAAAGUGUAAGAAAUAUAUACACAAUUUGAUGUGAUAACAAUGGAAUUAAGUUAUUUAGUGGUCGCUAUAAUGUACAA